AUGCCGGUUACUAGAAGCCACAGUAGCCGGAAGGAAGAGUCCAGUACCGCCGAAUCAAGCACGGUCUGCACAAGCAACACCGCGACGACGACUACGACUACGGGAAGCGGUGCGACUGAGACAUCCGCCACGACCACGUCGGCAGCGAACGCAAGCGCUACCGGAUCAGAGCGCCCUGCGACGCCGCCACCUCAGGAAACGAGCGUGGUCACUGUGGUGCGUCAAGUCACAUCGCAGCCAGCUACCUUACGGCCCCGGUCACAUCACUCCAAAGCCUCCCGCAAGAGAUUCCUCGCGGAAUUGGAGGCUAAGGAGCGGUUGGCCGAGGCGCAACAGAAGGAAGCACAAGCCGCCGCCGAAUUAGCGAAGGUGAAGCUCAUGCGGAUACAAGCGGAGGACUCGUCCGACGAGGAAGACGAAGACAUCGUCGACAAGAGCGAGCGCAUCGAGCAGUGGGUGCAGGAGCAAUCCUCUAAGCCCCCGCCCCCUGCUCUCGCUCUCACAGCGGGCCAUGCAAGAGGCUCGUCCCCCGUGAGGGGCCAGACACAGGCCCCUCCCACCCCGUGGAUACCUACGGAACCACCACGGGUCGUCGAGGCGCCGCAGCAUGAAGAGCGCGCGCCUCCCGAGCGCCAACAAGAAAAGUCGUCGAGUGAAGACGUCACGCAGCUCGCCGCACUAUUCAAGAGUGUGCUGAGCGGUGGCGGCUACAGAGAGCCGCCACGGUACAUUCAAGAUCUACCUACGUUCAACGGAAACAGCAGCGAGUGGCUACCGUUUCGUGCGGCCUAUCAUGAAACCGAGAAGUACUUCACGAAGAUAGAAAACGUCGCCCGCCUGAGAAAAAGCCUGCUGAAGAAACUACCGAAGCUAGCUGAGAGCCCACGUGACCUGUGCAUCUUCGCAAGCAAGCUGGCCAACAUCGUAGCUACGAUCGAAGCACUGAAGAAACCGCACUUCCUCUACAACCCGGAGAUCGAGCGCACUGCAAUAGAGAAGCUCACACCGAUUCUUCGUGACAAAUGGUACGAGUACAACUUCACGCAACAUGGAGAAGAAGCGAACUUGAAGAAGCUGUCCACCUACCUGAACCACGAAGCGGACAAGUGCGGCCCAUACGCCGCGCUCGAGCAGAUCAACAACAGCGCACCUACACCCGUGAGUGCGAGGGAGAAAGCUGCGAAAAAGAAGACGGAACGUACCUACGCCGCCGAGAACACACACAAGGAAGAAGAGGACGGCUGCCCUAUGUGCAAACAGGCUCACAAGUUACCUGAAUGCACGAAGUUCAACGAGAAGACGACUGACGAGCGCUGGGAAAUAGCGAAGCAGAACAAGAUGUGCUUCCGCUGCCUACGUAGCACACAUCGCCGCUUCACGUGCAAAGCGAAGCCCUGCGGUGUCUCCGGCUGCAACCUGCGCCACCACAAGCUCCUACAUCAUGAAGCCGCGAAGAAAGAAGAGAAGCACGAAGAGGUCACCGCGUCCACGACAGAGAAGCCGACCGUCGCAGCAAACAAGAGCGAACGCCGCCGCGCUUACUUGAAAAUAGCGCCCGUGGUACUUACUGGCCCUCACUCCAGUAUAGAAACCUACGCACUGUUCGACGAGGGAAGCACCAUCACGAUCAUCGACGCAGACGUGGCCAACACUCUCGGCCUCGACGGACCCACUGAUCCGAUGUGGGUGCAAGGAGUCAGCGGCAAAGAAGUUCGACACUCGAAGAGCAAGAAAGUCGACUUCACCAUACGGGGCAAGCACGCACAAGAAGAGUUCAAGCUUGAAGACGCACGCACAGUCGAGAAGCUCGACUUCAUCACUCAGACGGUGAAGAAAGAAGAAGUCGACGACUGCAGCCACCUGAGCGACAUCCAAGAAGAACUCGCCUACGAGGGGGCAUCGCCGAAGCUGCUCAUCGGCCAGGACAACUGGGACUUAAUUGUCUCGAGGGAAGUCCGAGACGGCCGCCGCGACCAGCCUGUGGCAUCUCGCACACAGCUCGGCUGGGUACUGCACGGCUGCCGCACCACACAGAGCAAACCAAUCAACUUCUGCGGACACGUCACGAGCGCUGAAGAAUCAAUGGAGAAAAUGAUGAAGCACUACUUCGAGCUGGAGUCCCUGGGCAUCGAAGCAAGAAAACCGACGACAGAUCCAGAAGAGCAAGCCACGAGAAAACUGGAAGAGGAAAGUCGCCGGCUGCCCGAUGGUCGCUUCGAAACUCGGUUGCUAUGGAAACAAGAAAAUGAGAAAAUACCUAACAACCGUCAAGACGCACUGAAACGACUCUGCAGCCUCGAACGCAAGCUCGACCGUGACCCAGAACUCAAGAAGAAGUAUGAAGAGCGCAUGGAGAAUAUGCUGAAGUCCGGAUACGCCGAGCCCGCCACCACACUCCCGACGCAAGACAGAACGUGGUACCUGCCGCACUUCGCCGUCUGCAACCCCGAGAAGAAGAAGAUACGACUGGUGCACGACGCCGCAGCGAAGUCACAUGGACGCAGCUUGAACGACAUGCUGCUGACCGGCCCCGACCUGCUUCAGUCACUCCCUGGGGUGGUCAUGCGGUUCAGGCAGCACCCCUACGCAGUCAGCGCGGACAUCAAAGAGAUGUUCAUGCAGAUACGCAUCAAGGAGUGCGACCGAGACGCGCUGCGCUUCCUCUGGCGCGGCAACCGGCGGGAGGGUACACCAGACGAGUACCGCAUGACGUCCGUCAUCUUCGGCGCAUCAUCAUCACCGUGCACAGCACUCUUCAUCAAGAACAGAAACGCCAGAGACUUCGCCGACACGCACCCCGAGGCCGUCCGAGCAAUCGAGAAGAACCACUACAUGGACGACUACCUGCAAAGCUUCACGUCGGUGGAGGAGGCCCAGCACGUCACGAAGACAGUCGACGAGAUACAUCGACAAGCGGGCUUCGAACUACGCGGAUGGGCAUCGAACGAGCGACGAGUACUACGCGAUCUCGUCACCGACGCCGAGACAGCUACGAUCGACAUCGGCGGGAGCGAAAUAGAGAAGACACUCGGCCUCAUGUGGCACGUACACGAAGACAAUCUCGGCUUUCGUCUUAACACUCAUAAGACGCCGGCUGAGGUGCUACGAGGGGACCGUCCGCCGUCGAAGAGAGAAGCACUCAGCGUGAUCAUGUCGCUCUACGACCCGCUCGGCUGGAUCUCGCCCGUGACUACGCCGGCCAAGAGAAUAAUGCAAGACUCAUGGCGCUACGGGACCGGCUGGGACGACCCUAUUCCCGAGGAACUGCAAGGCAGAUGGCACAACUGGCUGUCCAACCUACAAGCGCUACGAGAGCUACGAAUUCCGAGGUGCUACGACUACGAGCCGACUGCUACGCGAGAACUACACACAUUCGUCGAUGCAAGUGAAGAGGCAUAUGUCGCAGCCGCCUACUGGAGAAUACAACGAGCAGACGGCAGCGUGAAGAUCACACUAGCCAUGGCGAAGAGCAGAGUGGCACCAAUCAAGCCUACGUCGAUACCGCGGCUGGAACUACAGGCUGCGGUACUCGGGACUCGCAUCUCGAACACAACUCGAUCAGAACACGAUUAUGAAGACAUCACGAGAAGAGUGUUCUGGAGCGACUCACGGACGGUGCUGGCGUGGAUACGUGCUGAGCCACGCACAUUCAAGACCUUCGUCGCUCACAGGCUCGCUGAAAUAGAAGAGUCAACGAAGAAAAGCGAGUGGAGAUGGGUACCUACCGCUGAAAAUGUCGCCGACGACGCAACUCGAGCCACGCCGCACGACUUCGACGCGCAACACCGCUGGUUCAACGGGCCCGAGUUCCUGCGGCACGCUGAAGAACACUGGCCCACGGAGAACAGGGAAGAAGUACCCAAGACCGGCGAGGAGAAGGAGAGCUGCGCCGUCGUGUCGCUCGGACACGCCCACCUGCCGGACAUCGAGCGAUUCUCGAGGUGGACACGACUCAUACGUGUUACCGCUCGAGUACUACAGUUCGUCAGCCUGUGUCGGGCCAACAAGCACGCCACUCACGCCGCACGACGCAAGAGAACAAGAGAAAAUGCACCUCAAGACGGCGAGUGGAAGAACACAGCAAGAGCACCGACAACGAACACGAAAAAGAAGCACGAAAACAUUCCACGAAGAAAGUACAAGACAGUCGCGGCGGAACACCUAAUUCACGCCGAGCGACUAUGGAUCGAGUUUUCACAACGAGAAUGCUUCGACUUCGCGCACACUGGUACUGAAAAGCUGAAAAGCUUAAGUACCUACACCGAUGACUACGGGAUACUUCGCCUGAAGGGACGCAUCGCUGCCACCGACGCCAUCAAUGAAGAGACGGCGAACCCAGCUGUGCUAGAUGGAAAGCACAGAUACACGAGGCUGUACAUUCAUCAUGUACACGAACAGCUGCACCACGGCGGGACUGAAAUAGUCGUGAAUGAAUUACGACAACGGCUGUGGAUAAUCAAGAUAAGACCGACUGUGAAGAAUGUCGUGAAGUCGUGUCUCACCUGCAGAAUGAAGAAAGCGAAGCCGUCCAGCCCCGCCACCGGAGACCUGCCUGCAGCACGCCUGGCCCACCAUGUCAGACCGUUCACCUACACGGGUCUAGACUACUUUGGCCCGCUCGAGGUGACUGUGGGCCGACACCGAGAGAAGAGAUACGUCGCACUCUACACCUGCAUGACUACGAGGGCUGUGCACCUGGAGGUAGCGGCCUCACUCAGCGCGGACUCCACCAUCGCUACGCUGCGCCGCCUGAUAGCCAGGCGCGGCUGUCCGACCGAGCUGUGGAGCGACAACGCAACGGGCUUCAAGGCUGCCGACAAGGAGCUCACCGAGGCCGCCACGGAGGCCCUGCAGGAGGAAGCUGCGCGCCGACACAUCAUGUGGCGCUUCAUACCGCCCGCCUCACCAUUCAUGGGCGGGGCGUGGGAGCGGAUGGUGCGCACGGUGAAGGAUGCCCUGCGAGCGACGCUGCACGAGAAGUACCCCAGCGACGAGACACUCAGCACCCUGCUGGCUGAGGUGGAGAGCACCGUGAACUCCCGCCCACUCACUCAUGUGGCGGUGAGUCCGGACGACCCCGUGGCUCUCACACCGAACCUGCUGCUCAUCGGGCCCAACUGCCACGUGCCGACGCCGGGGACCUUCAGUGAAGAGGACGACCACGCACGACAGCACUGGAGACGAGCUCAACGGCUGGCAGACGUCUUCUGGCAGAGGUGGAUGCAGGAGUACCUACCGCUACUCCAACACCGGCGGGAGCCUCACAGCACCGGCAGCCAACCGAAGAUCGGCGACCUGGUCAUCGUGUGCGACUCCAACAACCCGCGCAACACGUGGCCCCGAGGACGAGUCACAGCUGUCCAUCCAGGGAAGGACAACAUCGUGCGAGUCGUCGACAUCACUACGAGCAACGGGCACGUGCUGCGUCGACCAACGAAGAGGAUCGUCGUGCUGCCAAUAGAAUCGCAAGAUAGCGACGGCGGGAGAAUGUUCACGACGAAAAUACCUAGGCUAAGAAGAUUAGAUUAA